AUGGGUGACGAAGACUUGGACAUCAGCCCCCCAUGGGAGCCCAUCACCUUCAAUUAUUCCGGCAAUGCCACUAAUGAGACGUUGCCGUUGCUCACCAGACCCGGAGAGCGGGAUGAGACGCUAGCGGCGGUGGAGGUGGGUGUUCUCGGCGCACUGUUCUUCCUGGCCCUGACGGGGAACAGUUAUGUUCUCGCCGAUAUCUACCGGAGUCGGACCCACCACAGGAGGAUGCAUCUGUUCCUGGCAAACCUCUGCAUCGCGGAUCUGACCGUGGCGUUGUUCAACAUCCUCCCCCAGCUCAUCUGGGACGCCACCGACCGUUUCCUGGCAGGGGACUUCCUCUGCAGGGUCGUCAAGUAUCUCCAGCUGACCAGUCUGUACGCCUCGUCGUUCGUCCUUGUCGGCUCGGCUCUGGACCGUUACACGGCCAUCUGCCACCCCAUGUCGGCCGUCACCAGGACCGUGUACAAACCCAAACGGGUCCUCCUGCUCUGCUGGUCGUUCUCGGUCGUCUUCGGAGUUCCACAGAUCCAGAUCUUCGGCCUACGGGACGGUCCUCACGGGUACCCCGACUGUUGGGGUCUCUUCAUCCACCCCUGGGGACAGACCGCCUACGUCAUCUGGUGCAGCCUCUCUCUCUUCUUCAUCCCCUGCCUCAUCAUCGCCACGGCCUACACCCACAUCUCCAUCGAGGUCUGGAGGGUGUACCGGGAGGAGAAGUCCCCAGGACAGCUGCAGUACCGCCGGGCAAGUCGCUUCGACGUCCCGAUCCGCUCGGGAAAGUUCCGGCCCCGUACGCACCGCGUGGGCGGGGAUUUCCGGGCCACGAAGAUCCGCACAGUGCAGAUGACGCUGGUCAUCGUCAUCGCCUACAUCCUGUGCUGGUCACCUUUCUUCAUCAUGCAGUUGUGGGCAGUCUUCGAUCUCAACGCACCAUUUGAAGAUUUAGUUACCAUUGAGUAG